GGAAUAGGAAGUAUGAAGAGAAAUGGAAAAAAACAAAUACCCAUCUCAGAGCGACACCAAUGUCGCAAGCGUUAAUCAAAGUCGGUUAUUUUCCUUUGUGUUUUUACCAAUGCAGGUGCACCUAAAGAGGAGAGUGAGUUUCUGAAAAGCUUCUGGUGUAAAAGAUGAGUGACUCACUGGAGAGGACCACAGACUGUCCCUUGCCGCUUCUUGGUGAUGACUCCAGCCCAGAUGAGGAGAGAGAGAACCCGACAGGAGCAAGUGAGUUAUGCUGGGAAGAUGGAGGUCUACCUGUUGAGCUGCAGAGAGGGAUGGAGACUCUGCGUGUGAACAGAGAACUGACCGAUGUGAUACUGAGUGUUCAAGGCCAUGACUUCCCUUGCCACAGAGCCAUACUUGCCGCUGCCAGUCAGUAUUUCAGGGCAAUGUUUUGCAGUGGCCUGAAGGAGAGUCAUGAGGAGUGCGUGCAAAUAAAGGGGCUGGACAGUGGGACAAUGCACUCUCUCCUGGAGUAUACCUACACCAGCCGAGCCCUCCUCACACACUCAAAUGUCCAGAGAAUACUAGAGGCUGCCAGUCAAUUUCAGUUCCUGCGCGUUGUGGAUGCAUGUGCUGGCUUUCUGAGCAAGUCUCUUCACCUAGAGAACUGUAUUGGGAUCCUGAACCUGGCUGAAAGUCACGCUUUGUCGGCCCUGAAGACCAGGGCUCAGGACUACAUCACCUCUCAGUUCUCCCAGGUGGUCCAGCAGCAGGACUUCCUAGAGCUGCCAGCAGAGUCGCUGGAGACUGUCCUGCAGAGGGACGACCUUGAUGUUAAGUGUGAGGAGUGUGUUUUUGAGGCGCUCAUGCGCUGGGUGAGAGCCUACCAGGAUGAACGCUAUCCUUUACUGGCCAGGUUGCUCUCACAUGUUCGACUGCCAUUGCUGGAGCCAGCAUACUUUGUAGAAAAAGUGGAGUCAGAUGAACUGAUACGCCACUGCAGUGAGACUUUUCCUUCGUUGCAAGAGGCCCGCACCUAUCACCUCUCUGGCAGGGAGGUGGUCUCUGAACGGACCAAACCCCGUGUGCAGCACUUUCUAUCAGAGGUAUUCUUGAUCAUCGGAGGCUGCACUAAAGAUGAACGCUUCAUUCCCACUGUCACCUGUUUGGACCCCCUUAGACGCAGCAGGCUAGAGGUUGCACGGCUGCCAAUCACAGAGAUGGAGGAUGAAUCCCAAAACCGAAAAUGGGUGGAGUUUGCUUGCAUCACCUUUCGCAAUGAAUUGUACAUAUCUGGAGGUAAGGAGACACAACACGAUGUUUGGAAAUACAGCGGCACCCUGGACAAGUGGAUCCAAAUUGAGCCCCUAACAAAUGGGCGCUGGAGACACAAGAUGGCGGUUCAGGGGGGGAAGGUUUACGCAUUGGGUGGAUUUGACGGAAUUCAGAGACUUGCUAGCGUAGAGGCCUACGAUCCCUUUCACAAUCGUUGGACACAGGUAACACCUCUUACAGUAGGUGUGAGCUCCUUUGCUGCUGCAAGCUUUGACAGAUGGAUCUACGUGAUUGGUGGCGGGCCGAAUGGAAAGCUGGCAACUGAUAAGGUUCAGUGCUGGGAACCUGGGACAGACUGCUGGGAGCUGCGGGCGCCCAUUCCCAUUGAAACCAAAUGCACAAAUGCUGUUACAUUCAGGAACUGCAUCUAUGUAGUUGGUGGUGCUAUGCAUGCCAUGUACUGCUACUCCCCUCUAUGUGACUCAUGGUCCCUUGUGACUCGUCUGGGGGAGAGAGCGAGCUGCGCCAUCGCUGCCUGUAACAACAAACUCUUCAUCACUGGUGGCCGGGAUAACAAAAACCAAGUUAUCUCCACGGUGAUGUGCUGGGAUGUCGCCCGAGGGUUGCUGACAGAGGAGUGUGUUUUACCUAUGGGAGUGUCGCAUCACGGCAGCAUGACACUCAUGAAGUCCUACACACACAUACACCGCAUAACACCUGCUCCAGAGUGUCAAUGACACAGACUUCUGUGAACAGGACUUUAUCGCUGCCGAGAAGGGUAAUGAAAUGAUGCAUAAAAAGUGGAAUAUAAAGUGUCUACAAAGGAGAAAAAAUACAAAAAUUUUUACCUUACAAAACUUUAUUUUUAUAUGAUGUUUCAUUCCUUUUUAAAAAAAAUACAUAUUAUCAUUUGUUGUUUCCAUUCUGCCUUAGAGAAAGAAAACUAACAACAUUAUUAAUAACUUAAUCACAAUCAAGCAAUCAUACAAUAAUACAAAUUAAUAGAUAAAUAAAUAAGUUUCAAAAGAAAUGAAAGGAAAUCAGUAUGAAAAUACAGCACAUACAAAGACUGAAACGUCAUAUUAAAUCAUGGAGUCUGUCAGUGUUUUCUUAUAAAGCUGGGGAGGCAUUGCCUUCCUUCUAACUCACCACCAACAAAACCAUAAUAUCAGACCUGUGUCAACAUCAAUAUCUCUCACCAUUUACACUUGAGCAGUAUAAUAUUAUAUUACAGCAGCAAUUGUUUAAACUUGAUUUGAUAUGGAUUAAAAUUAAUGUAGAGCAGUAAUAACAGAUUAACGUAGAAUUCCUUUUGACAGUUCAACUAAUGCAUGGUUUCUUGGCUUUUGCAGUUCAAUACCAAACAUGAUGAUGUUGCUCACAUAAUGGAACAAUAUUUGAAUGCAAUAAAUAUAUGCAUAUCAGUAAAUAAAA